UAACCAAGGUAUCUGUUUACAUACCCCGCGAUUGUAACCAGUUUACCAGCCUCCAACUGCCAAACUAAACAAUAAUAGAUGUUCCCAAGAAAUCGGCAAUUCGAUGGCAAUUCAAGCCGUGGUAACUAGCCAUACCCAUUUAUCUCGAGCCAGUUAUCCACUCAGUCCACUCCCAUUUAUAACCUCAAGUGAUUCAUUUCUUGUAUAUAAUCAAUCCAUCAUUAGACGAAUCAAUCUUUAGAAUAGACGUGAUGGGUGUUACUCACCAUCUCAGCGCUCCUAUACCUCUUCAGCUUCCCGAAUUAGGGCCUGACACAUAUUUCACCCAGACACAAUGGAAAACCCUCUUCGCUCUCAUAGACGCCGUGAUCCCCUCCAUUGUAGCCGAGUCAGCGGUAACAGACCGGAAAGCUCAGCUAAAAAUACCCGAGUCCCAGUAUGCAGAAACGUAUGAACAAUUUAAGAAGUCUAUGAUAUCUCCGCCAUCUUAUGAUCAAUUUCAAGAGUACCUUAAAGCAAGCCCGCUAGACAACCCACGGUUUAUAGAACAGCUCAAACGUACCUUUCAGGGCAUCCCGGCCGGUAGUCAGAAGCAGUUAGCUGGCAUGCUGGAUCUGUUAGAAACUCGUAUCGGGGCUUUGGUAGCCACGGGAUAUUGUACCCCCAUACACGAACAACCUGUUCAUGUCCGGGAAGGGAUCAUUAAGUCAUGGAAUGCAUCAUGGGUCACCCUUUGGCCAACCGUUGCAAAAUCCAUCAUGAAGAUGACUAAACUUCUAUUUGCUCAGACCAGUCCUUUGCUACUUGAGCUUAAUGGCUAUUCAGGUAUCACCGAAGACUACCGGCCGAGCGAGGCAUUUGACUUCAAUUUCAUGCAAUUUGAGGCUGGGUCCGAGGUAGAGACGAUUGACACUGACGUUGUGAUUGUUGGCUCUGGCUGCGGAGGGGCUGUAUGCGCCAAGGUGCUCUCCGAAGCUGGACAUAAAGUCAUCGUCGUUGACAAGGGCUACUACUUUCCCCCAUCUCAGCUGCCAAUGACUUUCGAGGCGGCCGGUGAAUAUCUCUACGAAGCAAAGGGCGCCUUACAGAACGCGAGUGGGACUAUGCCAAUCCUUGCGGGAAGCUGUUGGGGAGGAGGCGGAACCGUCAACUGGAGUGCCAGUCUCCAACCUCAGGGGUUCGUACGGCAAGAGUGGGCGGAAGAGGGGCUUGGCUUCUUCCUCACCCAAGAAUUCCAACACUGUCUAGACCGUGUGUCCGACUUUAUGGGUGUCAGCGAUGCUCAUAUUCGCCACAAUCAUAGGGCAAAUGUCCUUCUUAACGGGGCAAAGAAACUUGGUUGGACCGCGAAACCGGCUCCUCAGAACACUGGAGGCACUGAACAUCAUUGUGGAAGCUGUGGCUCGGGAUGCAGCUCCUCUGGGAAGAAGGGCCCCAAUGUGACCUGGCUUCCAGCUGCUAGCGAGGCAGGCGCAAAGUUCAUUGAGGGAUUCUAUGCUUCCGAAAUACUCUUCGAUGAUACCCAAAAAAGAACAAAACGAGCCGUGGGUAUUUUGGGGACAUGGACGGCACGGGAUAAAGACGGAAAUCUUCACACACCCGAGUCUGAGAGAACAAAGAGACAAGUCCGAAUUAGAGCGAAGAAAGUGAUAGUAGCAUGCGGGACACUCCAUAGUCCAUUGUUAUUGAUGAGGAGCGGACUGAAAAACCGUCAUAUUGGCAAGAAUCUCCAUCUACACCCUGUCGCUCAUGUCAACGCCACCUUUGACCAAGAAACCAAGGGCUGGGAAGGGGCCAUCUUGACGAGUGUCUGCACUAGUUUUGAAAAUCUGGACGGCAAGGGGCACGGCGUCAAAGUCGAGCCAGGUGGCAUGACUCCCUACUUGUUGUUGUACGAUCACCCGUGGCGGAACGCAUUGCAGUGGAAGCUAGACGCACUAAAGUGUAGGCAAAUGGGAACCUGGAUCUCCUUAGCCCGCGACCGUGACACGGGCCGCGUGUACGCCGGCCCGGACGGCCGUCCCGUCAUAGACUAUACGCCAUCAGCCUUUGACCGCAAGCACAUACUCGCUGGCAUCGUCGCCACCGCCAAGCUAUGCUAUAUCGAGGGCGCGACCGAGAUAUGGCCAUUAAUCCAAAACGUGCCCUCGUUCGUGCGCCCCGCCAAGCCAGAACCCUCCACCCCCGAGACGGAGGUGGAGGGGCACGACUUCGACCAAGGCAUCAACGACCCAGCCUUCGCGGCCUGGAUCCGGACUCUCGAGAACACCAACUUCGACUCUCCCAACGUCGGCUUCUCGUCCGCGCACCAGAUGGGCACGUGUAAGAUGGGCGCGAGCCCGGACAAGGGCGUCGUGGACCCUAAUGGCAGGGCCUGGGAGGCGCAGAACCUGUACGUCGCGGACGCGAGCGUGUUCCCGUCCGCCAGCGGCGUCAACCCCAUGAUCACAAACAUGGGCAUCGCCGAUUGGAUCGCCAGGGGCAUCUCCCGGGACCUCAAGAAGGAAGACUCGGCCGUGCUGAAGAAUGUACUGUAUGAGGAAUGAUGGGGUGUGGUGACGCAGGUGUAAGCUGUAGGUGCCCACGCAUGUUUAUAUUAGUAUUCUAGUUUGGGCGUUGAGGAACGUUGUGGAUAUUUUUAGCUUAGGUAGUUAUUUCGUUGACGCGCUCGUCACUUAUUUCUCAUGCAAAUAGGCACAUACAAAUAUUAGGUGCAUAUCUACCUACCUACCUACCCAUUUCUCUUCCCACUAUGUACAAAG